CUGCCCUCGGAACAGGAAAGUCAAAACUAGAUACAUUGCCCAAAGAAGAGCUCAUCAAAUUUGCAAAGAAGCAGAUGGUAGUUUUACAGAAAGUGAAGUCUCGAUCUGCAGAACUGGAAAAGGAGAUUGAAGAACUGAAGUCAAAACCUGCUGCUGGAGGGACUGAUGAUAUUAUUCAGGCCCUCACGGAGAGGCUGGAUGCUGUUCUUCUGGAAAAAGCGGAAAUCCACCAGCAGUGUCUAACUCUGAAAAAAGAAAAUGUGAAAAGGCAGCAAGAAGCAGAGGCUGCUAUUGUCAAGGAUGAAGAAUUGCAGAAAAGGCUUUCACAAUUGAGCGCUGACAACUUGAAAGAAAUUGAAAGUCUUAAAAAUGAAAUGUUAACAGCACAGUCCAGAUAUGAUGAAACUUUAAGCGCACUGCAGAAGGAACUGCAUGCAGAAAAGAAGAAACAGGAAGAGCUCGUAGAUCAACUUAAAUUUAAUAGUAAUUGGCAAGAAAAAGUAAAAACACAAGAGGAAGAGGUCCACCAAACAAAGACUGUGUAUGAGCAACAAAUCUCAGACCUGGAGAAGGAGUUGAAAGCCUGCCAUGAAGCCAAGAAGAAAAAAAUUUCCAGUCUGCAAAAUGUUAUUGAAAGCAAAUCUCAGGGUUACCAAAAUGAAAUUGAUAAGUUAAAUGAAGAACUGGUGAAACUGAAGACUUCGCACCAAGAAGAGAUUUCCAGUUUGAUGCAUCAGCAUGAAGCUUCUGCUAAUGUGCGGGAAAAAGAGCAAAAUAAGUUAGAGCAAUUAAAGCAGGACCUGAGAGAGCAGAGUGAGGUACAAGUGAAAAUCCUGCAGAAUGAAUUACAUGCUUGCAAAGAGAAGUAUGAAUGUGAACUGGAACACUUAAGACAAGCUUUAACUAAAAAUGAAGAAAACCAAAUGGAGAAUAGAAUUGAACCAUUGGAGACAGAACAAACGGAAAAGACAAGGCAGUUAGAGAGUGCUCUAAAAGAACUGGAAUCUCAGCACAGUAUGCUGCAAAAUGAAUUAACCUAUAUGAAUAAUGUUAAGGUGAAACUAGAAAUGGAAGUCCAGCAUAUGAAGGAUGAAUAUUUUCAUGAACGGGAAGACUUGGAGUUCAAAAUUAAUGAACUGCAGCUUGCAAAAGAAGAACAUUGCUGUGUAAUUGAAAAACUAAAAUCGGAGCUUCAGGGCAUGAGAGGGCAGUGUGAGAAGACUGCUCAAGAGCACAGCCUAGAAAUUCAAGAUCUACUGGUAAAACAUGAGAGAGAAAUGUGUGAGCUUCAACAAAAGUUGUCAUCAAGUUUACAGAAAGAAAGCAGGUCACUGGCUCAGGAAAUACAGGAUCUUAAGGAACAAUGUCAGAAGUAUGCCCUGGAAAAAGAAGAAGCAGUUGAAAGCUAUGAAAGCCUGAGAGAUACGAUGGAAACCCUACAAGCUGAAUUGGGGGAAUCGGCUGGCAAGAUAAGCCGAGAAUUUGCAUCAAUGAAGCAGCAGCAGGCUUCAGAUGUCGAUGAACUGCAGAAGAAACUUAGAGCGGCUUUCAGCGAUAAGGACGCUCUUCUGGAGACGGUGAAUUGUCUUCGGGAAGAGGUGGAACAGCUUUCUUGCAAAGGAGAGGAGGCGGAAGAGCUCAGGCUUAAAGCCAGGGUGCUUCAGGAGGAAAAUGAGAAACUUGUUGCUUCUCUCCAUCAGAGAGAUGCUGCCGUAAAGGAGCUGGAAGAGAAGGAGCAAGAGCUUUGCUCUCAAAACAUCAGCAUGUCCGAUGAGGUUAAAUGCUCCAAGGAGACAAUCGAAAACCUCCAGGAACAGUGCAAAGUGGAGCAUGAGAAGGUCAUGGGCCUUCAGCAACAGGCUGAGGCUGUCUGCCUUUGCAACCACAAAUUAGAGCAGCAGGUGGAGGAAUUAAAAGAGAAACUGAGAGUCACUUCAUUGGAAAAAGAAGAGAGUCAGCAGAAACUAGGGGAAUUGGAGCAACAAGUUGAAGUUCUUCAGCAGGAUAGGGAGCAUCUGUCGUCUGAAGUCAAGAGGCUUUGUGAUGAAAGCAACAAACUAAAGGAAGAAAGAGGUGGAGUUGAUAAGAAGCUGCAGAGCGUGAUGUCUGAAAAAGAGGAAUGGCUAGGGUUUAAAGAGAAAGCGGCCGACUUAAAGAUGAAACUAAAUAUGGCCAGUGAUGAAAAAGACCACCUAGAGAAGCUCCUUGACGAGGAAAAGGCCUUCAAGUCCCUUGUGACCAGUCAGCUGUGCAGCCUUCUGGAACAAAUGGACUCUAGAUAUCCAGAUGAAAAUGAAGGGUGUGAUGUUGUUGCUCUCCUGCAAGCUGCAAGAGAAUCCUUGGCAAGAAUAAAGCAAGAGAAACAGGAUCUGACUCGGCAGAAGGAUGACAAUGUGCUCUUGCAGGAGGAGCUCAGGAGGCUCCAGGAAGAAAAUGUAGCUUGUUUAGAGCUGCUAUCUCGGCUGGAUGACUCUGAGAAAGAAAAACGACUUUUGAGAGAAGAGCUAGAAGGGGCUUUGUCAGAAAAAGAAGCUCUGCAGCAAGAUAUCCAAGAGCUGAACCAUGCCAGCGAAAAAGUCAAGGCUGAGAACCACAGUCUUCUGGCUUGUGUUGAGGAUAUUUCUGAAAAGCUUGCAGAUCAUGAAAGUCACCUGAAAGAGCAAGAGAAAACUUUAGAAGAAGAGAAGAAAAAUCUGAAGUUAAUUCUUGAUCAAAAAGAGUCUGAACUGAGAAAUCUGCAAGCCGAGCUUUCUUUCCUAAAGAAUUCCAUGGCAGAAUCUUCUGCUAAGAGUGACAAAGAAGCAUUGGAAUCACAAAAAAUAGUGAAUUUAGAAAAACAGCUGAAAGAGAAGGAAGAAAAAUCAAAUAAAAUUAAAGCAGUUGCCUUGAAAUUAAGAAAGGAGUUGGAUUCUAGCAAAAAAGAGAUGCAGUCACUUAGAGAAGAGCUGGAGCAGACACGGUCAGAGAGAGAAAAGCUAUCUUCUUCGAUGGGAGACGUCAUUCAGGGAGCAGAGGGCUAUAAGAAUCUCUUAAUAGAGUUUGACAAGCAAGCAGAACAGCUGGAUUUUGAAAAAGAGCGAACUCGGAACUUUGAACGUCAGAUGGAGGACCUUUCGAGACAACUGGACACGUCGAUUCAGCAGCAAGACAAGUGGUGCUCUGCUAACGAAGAUCUCUCGGCUCGGAUAGAAACCCUGCAGACUAACGCCAAGCUGUUGGAAACCCAGCUGUUAGAAAUGCAAAAAGCCAAAGCAAAAACAGACAAAGAACUCGAAACUGAAAAACUUCUAAAAGAACAAAAGAUAAAGGACCACAGCGUUACUGCAAAAAAGGUCGAAGAACUGCAGGCCCAACUUCAGAAAGAAAGAAAGCAUCUCCAAAAAGUCUUGGAAGAAUUGGAGAUGGCAAAGAAGGAUGCACAGAAGAGUACAUUGAUGGACAUGGAAAUAGCUGAUUAUGAGCGUUUGGUUAAAGAACUGAAUCAAAAGCUGAGUGACAGAGACAGCAGAAUUGAGGAUCUUGAGCAAGAGAUUAAAAUUCAAAAGCAAAAGCAAGAAACGCUGCAAGAUGAAAUGAAAUCAUUUCAGGCCACUGUACAGCAGUUUGAGGAUAAGAACUCCAAGAUAAAACAGCUGCUGGUAAAAACAAAAAAAGAGCUGGCAGAUUCAAAACAAACGGAAAAUGAACUUCUGAGAAUUCAGGCAUCUUUAAAAGGAGAGUUGGAAGCCAGUCAGCAGCAAGUGGAAGUUUACAAGAUUCAGUUGGCUGAUCUCACCUCAGAAAAACACAAACUUCAGGAACAACUGAGGACUUCCAUGGAGCAACACCAGCGGGUUUUGAGCAAUUACCAACAGAAACUCGCAACUCUCCAAGAAGAGUGCAGUGCAACAAAGGCAGAGCACGCUGCUGUGUCGUCUGAAUUUGAAAGCUACAAAGUCCGUGUUCAUAAUGUUUUAAGGCAGAAGAAUAAAUCUUCUCAAGCUGAAACGGAUGGAAGCAAACAGGAAAGAGAACACCAAGAAAAGGUGAUUGAUCAAUUAAAGAUAAAAUUGCAAGACACUCAACACAACUUACAAAUUAACGUAGCUGAGCUUCAAGCCCUGCAGUCCGAACAUGACACGCUGCUGGAACGACACAACAAAAUCCUUCAGGAGACCGUAGCGAAGGAAGCAGAGCUCCGAGAAAAGCUCUGUACAAUACAGUCUGAAAACAUGGUGAUGAAGUCAGAGCACACACAGACUACGAGUCAGCUGACGGCCCAGAACGAAGCUCUUCGGAACAGUUUCCGAGACCAAGUCAGGCAUCUGCAGGAAGAGCACAGGAAGACGGUGGAGACGUUGCAGCAGCAGCUGUCCAAAGUGGAAACCCAGCUGUUUCAACUCAAAAGCGAGCCGAGUUCAAAAAGUCCCACUCCUUCCAACAUACCAACAAAGAACUUGCGAGAAAGACGGAACACUGACCUUCCUCUUCUUGAUGUGCACACUGUAGCUAGAGAGGAAGGAGAAGGGAUGGAAACCACUGACACAGAGUCUGUAUCUUCUGCCAGUACUUACGUACCAUCUUUGGAACAGCUCCUUAACACCCCUGACGUGAAACUUGAACCUCCACAGUGGCAAGCGGAGCUCACAAAAGAAGAGCUGCUCCAGAAGCUGAACACCACAACAAAGAGUGCCGAUCACGUAAAUGGGUUACUUCGAGAAUCAGAAGCAACCAAUGUAAUUCUAAUGGAACAAAUUAAGCUUCUGAAAAGCGAAAUAAGGCGUUUAGAAAGGAACCAGGAACGAGAGAAAUCUGUUGCUAAUCUGGAAUAUUUGAAGAAUGUUCUGCUCCAGUUUAUAUUUCUGAAGUCGGGCAGUGAAAGAGAGAGGCUUCUUCCUGUAAUAGAUACCAUGUUACAGCUGAGUCCAGAAGAAAAAGGAAAGCUUGUUGCAAUUGCUCAAGGUGAGGAGGAGAGCACAUCACAGCCAUCUGCGUGGGCUUCAUACUUGCACAGCUGGUCAGGACUCCGCUAAGACUGUGGGGACGCUCCCUUUUCAGAUAUUCAUAUUUCACAAAUUGCACUGAGAGGAAUCUCAACACUGAAGAAUGCGCCAUAUAGAAGUAUAGCCAGGGUAACU